CCCCCCCUAAGCUCCCACUAACACACACCGCGCACCAGUCCGCUCUUACACUGUCUCAACGCAACUUACCAGCACAAAACCAGCCCCUUCAGCGACCCGACCCGCAGGAAGCAUGGAAGGGAAACUCGCUCGCCCAGUCUGGGUCCUUCUGUUCGCAGCGGCAGCCUUGCAAGCCGGGCAAGCCGUGGUCCAGGUCUCUGUUCCCCGUGAGGUGGAUGCAGAGCUGGGGAAGUCCGUCAGCAUCCCCUGCACCUACUCCUCCAGCAGCAAGACAAGCAACGUGAUCGUGGAGUGGUUCAUCACGGAGCGCGGGGGGGACAGACAGCGCGUUGCCUAUCGCAGCUCCUCGGACUCCGGCACAGAUAAGAACACAGAGCUGUCGGGCCGGGUCAGUGUGGACCAGGACUCCUCUCUCUCUCUCAGCGUUGUGGAGAUUGGGGACGAGCAAGACUAUCACUGCCAGAUCACUGCGGGACCAGCGGGGAGCGGAGAGGGGAGCGCACACCUACGGGUUUACUCUGCCCCACAGACUCCUGAAGUGAGCCCCCAAACCAAGAUCAUCUCAGUGACUGACCUUUCAGUGUCAGAGGUCAGCACUUGCACAAGCAAGAAUGGAAACCCCGCCCCAAAAAUCAUCUGGUACAAAGACUCCACCCCCCUUCCUGAGGUCACAGAGAGCAACGACAAUAUGUACAUGGUGCCUCGUGUAGUGAAGGAAUCGUCUGGUCUCUACACCGUCACCAAUACGCUGUACUUCAAAACCAGCAAGGAGGACAAAGACUCAGAGUUUCACUGCCAGGUGGAGUACGAAAUGCCAGGGGGUAGGAUGGAAACCAAGGCCUCCCCCAAAUUCAGCCUGUCCCUGCACUAUUACACGGAGGAAGUGACCUUUGCCGUGGUGACCCCGAAGAAGGUGAAGGAAGGCGAUGAUGUCAUUCUGAAGUGCAAGGCAGACGGUUUCCCUGAACCAGAGUACGAGUUAACAAAGAUUCAGUCGGACGGCAGCAUUGUGGAAAAGGGCACCUUCUCCGGAACGUUCACCCUCCACUCGGUAACCCGCGACGACGGGGGCAAGUACCGCUGCGAGGCGCUGGAUUUCGAUUCACCCGCAGAGGUCAAACUGAAGAAGGAAGUCACUCUGUUAGUCCACUAUCUGGACCCGGUCACUGUGUCUCCCUCCAGCUCCGUCUCGGUUCCUCUAGGGGGCAGUUUGGAGCUGGGCUGCACCACCACUGGCUCGAAGACACCCUCUUUCAUGUGGAAGAAGGGCUCCCAGGUGGUCUCCCAGUCUACUCCGCUAGUCCUGAAGGAGGUCUCGUUCGAGGCAGCAGGCAGCUACAGCUGUGUGGCCAGCGUGCCCGGCGUCUCUGGACUGGUCAAGGAGGCCAACACCACCGUCACUGUUACUGGAAAGGUCCAGAUUAUUGACCUGCCUUACAGUGGAAGGGUAUCAAAAGAAGGGGAGCUCCUCACUCUGUCCUGCACGGCUCAGGGUCACCCCGAACCCCAAAUCUCAUGGACCCCCGCUGGACUGGAGGCUAUCAGCUCAGUGACCGGGAACAAAGUGACCAGCACCGUGACCCUGUCAGUGACCCCCAUGCUGGUGGAUAGCGGGGUCACCUGCGAGGCCAGCAACGAGCACGGCUCAAGCAGCAAGAAGUUCAAAGUGACGAUCUACAAAGAAACCCCAACAGUCACACCUCCUGUAGAUACUGAAGUGGCCCCCAUACACAAGACAGCGAAUCGUCAGGAGCAGGGGGGCAGCAGCGCGGCGGUCAUCGCGGUCGUGGUCUGUGUCCUGUUGCUCCUCAUUCUCGUCGGCUUCCUCUACUUCCUUCAGAAGAAGGGCAAGCUGCCCUGCGGCCGGCAGGGGAAGGAAGACAUUGUGAACACAGAGGCUAACACAGACGAGAUAGUCGUGGAGAUGAAGUCUGGCAAACCCAAUGAGGAGGCGGGGCUUCUGGACUCCAACGGGCGUCAGCGGCCAAUGCGAGAUCAGUGAUCAACAGGACAAAAAAAAAAAAAAAAAAAAAAACACAAAGCCUCUUAAAGGCAGUGGAGAAUUCUGGAGGAAAAGUUUAAUAAAGCUGGUGGCGUGUCGAUAGGGCACCACCUAGCUGUGAAAACCAAGAAUGACCUUCCCAGUCAAGACCACGCCCUCCAUCGCAGGAGAGAAAACAAGACUGUUUUGAAUAUUUUUUUCGUUUUUGUUUUUGUUGUUUUAACCCACAAAAUUUGUUGGAAGACAAAAGAAGUUCAAUGCUUUCUGCCAAUGGCCUAUUCCUGUUUAUCCAUUCCAAUUCCAUUUUAAAAUAAAUUCCUGACUCCAGUUCCUCUGAGGGCACUGGAAUUGAUGUUUUACAGACGUUUUGAUCAGCGCUGUGCUGCAAUAGAUUCAAAGGGAAUGGGAAUUUGGAAAUGGGAAUUAGGAAUUGAUUUUAAAGCAGAAUUGGAAUGAGAGAAACAGGCUCGGAUCCCAAAUCCUGCCACCAUUAUCUCCCAGUCAUAAAUACUGAAGCUUGACCGUGUCUCUAGCGAUGCAUGCAGUCCUGCAGGGAGCCUGUCUGAAUUAUUAACACUGUAUCUAGACCUGCACUGUAAAUGUUCAAUCAGUUCAAACAGUUGAAAUGGGGUGCAUGUGUGUGUAAUUGUCUAUAUAUUUAUAUAUGACAUCUUACAUUACAUUGAUCUCUUAUACUACAGUGGCACCCAUUGCAAUUAUGAGUUCUGCUGUCUUUUUUUGUAUAAUGGCUUGAGAAAUGAACAAGCGAUUUUAUCUUUUAGCGUGUUUUAUUGUUUAUCGAUAUUUAAAGAUAGUGUAUUUUUUUCAAAGAACUGGACGAUGUUGUCGAUACCACAGCAUGAGACAGAUUUUUAUAUUGAAAUGUGUCUUAUUUUCUGCAGCUUUUCCGUUUAUUUUUUUUUUUUUUUUUUUUUUAGAUUGCAAUAUUAUUUGUGUUGUUGUUGUAUGCCUGUGUGUGUGUGUGUUUCUGUUUUCAGGUAAAAAAGUCGCACAACCUUGCUGUAAAGAAAAACCCAAAAUAAUACAUAAUGGAAAUGCUUCUGAAAAAAAAGUCCACAAGAGGUGUAAAUAAACUGGUCUGAGCCCAAA